UGUAUGAUGUAUGGGUUUGGAGAUGACCAGAAUCCCUACACAGAGUCAGUGGAUAUUCUUGAAGACCUGGUGAUAGAGUUCAUCACAGAGAUGACACACAAGGCAAUGUCAAUUGGACGGCAGGGACGUGUACAGGUUGAGGAUAUUGUCUUUUUGAUCCGCAAGGACCCACGGAAGUUUGCUAGAGUAAAAGACCUGUUGACUAUGAAUGAAGAACUGAAACGAGCCAGGAAGGCUUUUGACGAAGCAAACUAUGGAUCUUGAUGCUUUUGUAUUGUGCAGAGAUGGUAAACAUUAUGGUUACAUGUUAUCCCUAUACAUUUUUGAGCAUUUUUUGUUCAAUACUGAGAAAUUAACCCUUACUGCUUUGGGUUUGUGUGUGUGUGUGUGUGGGGGGGGGGGUUGAUGGAUCUCAGUGCUGGAGUGUCUAAAGCUGCAUUUACUGGUUAGAAUUGCCAGACAAGCCUGUAAAUGUAUCUUAAUGUUUUGUAUAUUUUUAAUGCUCUUUUAUGCUAUUUUAAGAAAAGGCGGGGGAGUUCAAACUAGAAGUGCUCUAGAAGUUCAUGCUUGUUUGUAGCAACUCUUCUUUUGAGCUAUGUACCAGAUGACUUGAAAGCUAAAUGAAAACAGAUGCUUGGCAAAUGUGCACAGUUCUCAUUCGAUUCAGAUACCCUUCAUCUGAUCCACCUUAGGUGGAUUUCAAAGGAAUAAUUGAAAAGUUAGUGCCUGAACAUCAUUGUGUUUGGAGAGGUUUAUACAGUGUAGUUAGCCCAGGUAUUGAAACUUUUGCUUUUCUGUGUCUUCUCUUUAUAAGGGGGUAUUUAUGAACAAUAAAAAUUUUCAACAGUUCA